CAAUAAACAAUAAGUUCCAUAUAAGUUAACUGGUUACACUUGUGAAUUCAGGCACGGGGGUGGUGGCUGGAUCAUCUGUGUUGAGUGAUUGGUCGGUUGGUGAUCGCCACUUGGUGGCGGGACCUUUAAUCCGUCGUCCGACCCUCCCGCCGGGCCUUGAAUCAGAUUAUCAGACGGUAGGAAUGGACACGUUGAAGCGAAAGGUACAGGACUAAAUUACCCUGGCUUUGUAAACACAACAUUUCCGAUUUGAAAUCACUCUUUUGUAUUUAUAUUUUCCCCAUUUUCAAUACCAUGCCGGCCAUUUAUGAUUGAAGAGUUUGGUUCUGUACUUUUUAAGUUUAAGUGACUUUCUCGAAAGUUAUACCGCUUUGAGCCACGCCCCAAAUUCCUGGACCUUAAUUGGAUUGGAAGCACUUUCUUUGAGAUCUUUCGACAGGUCUAAAUUGAGGGAUCAAUAGAUAUAUACACUGCCAGUCCGCUGGAAACUUUACAAUCUGGAAACAGCCAUCUGCGUCAUUUCCAGAGACUCCGGGCGCUUCACGAGUUCCCAAUUGUAAAGGUGCUGGCCUUGCGUCGCCAGAAAAAAUCCCCAUCGCCACCAUGAGGACAGCAGCACAACUCUUCUACCUCGCUGUGUUUGCGCUCUUGCAUACGUCAGAUGCAAACAGCGAAGCAGUCGCGAGAAACAUCCUCCCCGAAGCCGCCGACGAAUGCGCCAUCCACCCAAAGGCAAUUGUCUCCGAUGCAUGCGCCUCCUACUCUACAAUCGACAAUCUAAACAAGGCGAUCAGCCCCGCGGUCGAGGAUCUCACCAAGCACACCGACUUUUUUGCAUACUACCGCCUCAACCUAUUUAAUAAGCAAUGUCCCUUCUGGAACGACGAAAGCAGCAUGUGCGGCAACAUUGCCUGCGCCGUAAACACACUCGAUAACGAGGAGGAUAUACCACUUGUCUGGCGCGCGGAGGAGUUAUCAAAGCUGCAAGGACCAAAAGCCGUUCACCCCGGACGAAAGCAACAAGCCGAGCGCGGUCCCGAGAGGCCGCUACAGGGCAUGCUGGGAGAGGACACAGCGGAGAGUUGCGUGAUGGAAUACGACGACGAGUGCGAUAGCAGGGACUACUGUGUACCAGAAGACGAGUCCGCCACAGCCAAGGGCGACUACGUGAGUCUAGUCGACAACCCAGAGCGCUUCACCGGAUACGGCGGCGCGAGCGCAAACCAAGUCUGGGACGCCAUAUACCGCGAGAACUGCUUCAGCCGCUCGUCCUUCCCCAAGUCCGCGUCUCUCGGCAAGCCGAAGACCGCCAGCAUGCAGUUCCCCGCCGCCAACGAGCUUAAGUUCGUGAUGCAGGGCGGUGCGAAGCAUGCUCCGCUACUGGGAAAUGCACCGAGCGCUGAGACGGGCUUCGAGAAUGAGGAUGAGUGCUUGGAGAAGCGCGUGUUCUACCGCGUGGUGUCGGGUAUGCACGCGAGUAUCAGCGCACAUAUCUGCCAGGACUCGCUCAACCAGCUUACUGGCCAAUGGGGUCCGAAUCUGACUUGCUACCGUGAGAGGCUGCACGAGCACCCGGAGCGCAUCUCGAACCUGUACUUCAACUACGCCCUCGUCGUACGCGCCGUGGCUAAGCUGGGACCGUAUUUGAACGAUUACACGUACUGCUCAGGUGACCCCACGCAGGAUGCGGAAACGAAGAGCAAAGUCCUCGCCAUCUCAGCUCAGGCGGCCCGUGAGCCGAAUAUCUUCGAUGAGAGCUUGAUGUUUGUUAAUGGCGAGGGACCGAGCUUGAAAGAGGACUUCCGUAACCGUUUCCGCAAUAUUAGCCGUUUGAUGGACUGUGUUGGGUGCGAUAAGUGCCGUCUGUGGGGAAAGCUGCAGACAAACGGCUACGGUACGGCGCUGAAGGUUCUGUUUGAGUUUGACAACCCGCACGCGCUGGAGGGUGAUCUGCAAGUUGCGCCGCAACUGAAGCGGACGGAGCUGGUGGCUCUGUUCAACACACUCGCUAGGAUCAGCAGCUCUCUGAACGCGGUUAGCAAGUUCAGAGACCUGGUUGAUGCCGAAGAUAGCGCAGCGGAGAAAGGAAAGGGGGAGAAGUAUCAUGUGAUUACGGAUCGGGAGAGGCUGGGGAGACAGCAGGUGCCGGGGAAGAGCUUCAAGGAUACGAGUGAGAUGACGGAGAAGGAACGCCGAGAGAUGGCUGAGGAUGAUGAGGAUGAGGAUGAGGAUGAGGAUAUCCAGAAGGUCAUUGGUGAUCAUCGUAGGCUCCGGGAUACCACGGAGGAGACGGUGUGGGAGGCGAUUUGCAAUGAGACGUGGCUCAUUUACCGAAUCGUGAUAUAUAUCUUUAAGCAGUGGAUUGGGUUUCCCAAGGUUGCAUGGCACAUCUUCACAAAUGAGCUCAAUCGCCUAUGGCACAACUACAUCGGUCUCCCCAUUCCGAUGCGCACCUGGGGUUGGAAACGCGUCCCAGCCCCAGAGGAGUUCUAUUAGGGCGGCUCGCCCUUUCUACUUUUAUUACGCCAAAAGAGGGGGGAUUUUCUGGGAAAUGGGAAAUAUUUUGGGUUCGGUUUGCAUCAGCGAUGGCGUUUUUUUGGGUGGGUGGGAUAGAGAUACAUAGUAUGUUGAAAGAAACUCAUAAACUAUCAACGGGGGGGAAGAUGGGGGGUGGGAGAUAAAGUAUAUAUGCGGUUCUUGGGAG